GAGUGUGAGUCGCAGUAGGAGCAGGGUGAGAGGCUCCAGCGGACGGAGGAGAGGAAACUUUACAGACCGGGGUGAUCGCUACGCGCAGCGCGGAAGAGAGGUCGCUUCCGAGCGCAGCGUGCACGCGGACUGAAGAGCUGGUGUCUGCUGGGGGAACCUGGACUGGAGCAUCCAGACCACUAAACGCUCAGAUAGAGAGGGGAGAGGAGGAGAGAGCGCAGGGAGAGGCGAGCUGCGCCAGUGAGGGAACGGACCCUGGAUACUGCUGCUGCUGCUGCUGCUGCUGCUGAGGGAAAGUUACCAAGUGUGGAGCUGUUUGGUUAAGUGAACUGACCGGACCGCUCACAGACAAUUCUCUAAACUGGAUGCUGUUCUAGAUCAACCUCAGAGCGCUUUCCGGUCCGGGAUCGUCCAGGUUCUGCUGGAGGACCGACUGUGUUCGACCGGAGCAAAGCUUGUAUUUUCAUCCAACAACACCAGCGACCAUGUAUUCCGUAUACCUCGUGUUCUGCUUUAUGGUGACAGCAGCCACCAAAGCGGCCUACUUCUCCCAGCAGCCCCGUGACCAGGUGGUGGUGUCGGGUCAGUCGGUGACCCUGCCGUGUGUCAUCGUGGGCUACAGCGGAAUGGUGCAGUGGACCAAAGAUGGUCUCGCCUUGGGUGGAGAGCGAGACCUACCAGGCUGGACGCGCUACUCCUUAAUGGGCGACCCGCCAUCAGGCGAGCACAGCUUGCUGAUCGAUUCAGCAGAGCUGGCGGAUGACGCGGUGUAUGAGUGUCAAGCUACACAGGCGGGGCUCCGCUCCCACCGUGCCAAGCUCACUGUUCAAGUUCCUCCCUCGGACCCUGUGGUAGAAGGCGGUCCCGUUGUGCGCCUAAAGGCCCACACGCCUCACAACCUCACCUGCCGAGCCUCGGGAGCCAAACCCGCCGCAGAGAUCACCUGGUACAGAGACGGCGAGGUCAUGGAGUCUGCCAUUUACUCCAAGUCACUAAUGGAGGAUGGGAAGAGGGAGACAUCUGUCAGCAUGCUUCCAAUCAUUCCUGAAGACAGCGACUCCGGACGCACCUACACCUGCAGGGUCCUGAACCCAGCUGCUCCCGCUGGUCGACAGACAUCCAUCACCAUCAAUGUCCAGCACCCCCCCUCAGUGACGCUAUCAGUUCAGCCUCAGACUGUGACCGAGGGAGCGAAGGUUCUGUUCAUCUGCUCGGCUUCAGCCAACCCCGAGAUCACAGGUUACAGGUGGUCAAAAGGAGGCGUGCCGAUCUCUGAAGCCAACGGGGACAGCCUUGAGGUGACAGUGGACUACUCCUACUUCACUGACCCCGUUUCCUGUGAGGUUUCCAAUUCCGUGGGCAGCACCAACGUCAGCACUCUGGUCGAUGUGCAAUUUGGCCCCAGACUGCUGUCGGAGCCCAAGCCGAUGACAGUGGACACUGGGAUGGACGCAGCCUUCACUUGUGCGUGGACUGGAAACCCUCCUCUGACGCUGGCUUGGACAAAGCAAGGCUCCAGCGUGGUGCUCAGUAAUGGUAACACCUUGCAGCUGAAGGCUGUUACCCAGGAGGAUGCUGGAACGUACACCUGCAAGGCCAUUGUUCCUCGAAUUGGAGUUGCAGAAAGAGAUGUCACUCUAACGGUGAACGGUCCACCCAUCAUCACAGCAGAAGCCGCACAGCAUGCUGUCAAGCACUCCAAGGGCAAGCUAGAGUGCCGGGUGGGAAGCAGCCCCCCGCCUGAUAAGAUUGUGUGGACCUUUGGGGACACGAGCCUGUCUUCUGGUUCCUCUGGUCGUUUCUCUGUGCAGACUGUUGCCAGUGACCACGGGGUCUUGUCCACUCUGGUGCUGUCGGAGACUCUGGCGCAGGAUUUCCAGAUGCGCUACAACUGCACAGCUUGGAACCGCUUUGGCACUGGAACUGCUCUGGUCACGCUGAAGGAGCAAGAGGCUCUGCCUAUGCUGGUGAUUGUUGGUGGAGCAGUGGGCGGAGGCUGUGUCCUGCUGAUCUGCGUCAUCACGUUGGUGUCUCUCUGCUGCAGGCACACAGGCAAAGGUGAGCUCAACGGGAAAAGGUGCACUCGUCUUUCCAAGAGCGACAUCAGAGUUCAGAUCGUUCACAGUGAUCACAACGCCACGCGUGGCAACGAUGAUGAGGAGGAUGUCAAAGAACCCAUGGCUCCCAACAGCAGCGAAUCUCCAGGGACGUCGCGCACAGAACACAGCGACCUCUUAGAGGAGGAGGACGACGAGAGAUCGGACAUCAAGGACCCAACCAACGGGUACUACAACGUCCGUGGUCAUGACGACCGCCACAUCCGUAACAGUGGAUUCUCAGAGUAUGUGCCCAACUCCCGGCCAGUCUACACGCCAUCACAGCUGCCCUCUCCCAGCCCCGUCUACGGUCAGCAUGGCACCCAGCCUCGGAUUUAUGAAUUCUCCCAUCGCUACGCUACCAACACGGUUAGCAGAUCCUCGUACGAGCAGCCGCAGGCAGCCCAGCAGCAGCCUGCACAACCAGCCACUAUAUAUCCCACUGAUCCCCUCUACAGUGGCUCCGCCUACCUGCCUGCAACCUACGGCCGUGCCUUCACCAGCUAUGUCAAGCCCACUUCCUACGAGAAGGUGGAUGCGUAUGACCAAUCAGAUCAAGCCAGCAAGGUGUCAAGCUCGUCUCGCUUCUCUUAUGCCUCCUCACAAGUGUCCUCCCAGCAAUCUGACUACGGCCGGCCCUCACAGCGCAUGCAGACUCAUGUCUGAUUGGACGCUCGGUAUGAAAAAAGCAGCUUUCGGGAGAAGUGAGUAGAUAACUUUGGUCACUCGUGCGGCUGGACUAACACGGACUUCAGUUACGCGCACGAGGAUCUCUGGACAUGUUUUGCAGGAAGUGGUGAUUUUUGGUUUAUUUGGGGAAAACCAACCAAGCUGUGGUGGAUGCUGGUAUCUACUCUAAAGCUACUGGGCAAUCUCAAACCUGCAGAGAUGAUCUGUGAGUGCAAAAGGCCAACUAGAAGAAAAUUCACUCGCAUCAAAUGAAUUUAAGUGGCCAAUGGAUCUGGGGUGGCCUUUUACCUGCAUUCCAACCUUUUCUUUAACACUAAAAAAAAUGACCUCAAGAAGAAAAUUCCACAAGCUAAGACAUAUGAGGGAAACAUGCGAACAGCCUUUUGUUGUCUGUCAUUUGGUGUCUUGUUGGCAUGCAAAAGGAAUUCUAAGCACAUUUGUGUCCAUCAUCAACAAGAGAUUGAGCUUUCACAGAGACGAGCAUAAACUAUUCUGCACAACAGGCUAGCCGUUUGACCACCAAGUGCUGAAGGAACCGUACCGCACGAGGAGACGGGAGUACUUCAGGGUCCGCCUGGAUUCCUGGAGCAUUUUCGGAUACAAAAGGAGGUGCUCAUCGGAGGAUAAAAGAAGGGGAUGUAGAGAAAACGUGUAUUUUAGCCUUCGUUUUCAUGUGACGAUGGGUGGUUAAUUGUGUAAGAUGGACAAAGUUAGAGCUGUGAAACUCCAAAGAUGGUAACAACUGUGGGGGGAAACAAUGGAAGGAGAGAAAAACACUGUUGCGGCUCUUGUGCUGCUUCCUGCUGUGUUUUCUGAUUGUAAAAUUAAGAUAUUGACAGAACAAUCAAAAGGGACAUUUACGGGGAGAGAAGUGUAGGCAAUCUUGAGCUAAACUUGAAUAUGGUGUCAACCUCAGCAGGUCAGGUGGGGCUUUUGUAUCGAGGCAGUUCUCAACGUGGACCACUCACUCUCAAGUUUUACAACUCAAAUCGUCUCAAUGUUUACAAGAAGCAGUACUACCCUGAACCGCCCAGCGUCUGUACAAAUGGCUGAGCCCAUCCUUCUCUCUGUUGCAUGCUAACGACGUGUCUUGUGACAACUUUUCAGCUUUUAUAUUCAUCUCCAUUUACCGUUGGAGGCUUCUGCAUCCGACCCCGUUGCGUUCCACUCUCUGGAUGUUUUAGUAAGGACGACCGUACUGCCAUUCGUUGAUCUAUCCAAGCUAGUGCCAGGCAGCCCAACGAGAGAGCUCACAAGUGAGGAGGUUAGCAACAUCGCUUGUCUAUUGUUUUUAUAUUUUCUAUAAGCCUUAAAAGUACAGCGUGUACGCUGCUCUGUUGUAAAGUAUCUUUAUAUACUUCUAUGUAUCUACUUUGGUUGAUUUAUUUGGCUCCACAGACGUUUUUGUCAGAGUUGUUCAUCAAUCAUUGAAUCCAUUUAUUUUCCUUUUGUGGGGGAGGGGUGGGGAUGGGGACACAACUAAUUGCCAUUUGUUCGUUCAUUCUUAUGUAUUAAGAAUUUUAUUUGCUAGAAAUGAGCUAUUGUUGCUUGUACCUUUGUACACAUAUUUAUAUUUAAAUAAAACCAUUUCCGAUAAAAAAAAACAAAUGAAAAGAAACUCGUGGCUUUUUGGCGGAUUCUGGAAGGUUGCCAGCCAUGCGCAGAGCCUCACGGAGAACAGCGACAAACAAAGUGAUGAAAUCAUAAAUUAGCACCACUGUCCGUGUUGAUUUUCCUAUUCCCCGCUGGUGCUCGGUGUUUAAUGAAGACGGAUGAGACGGUGGGACCCCCACCCCUCCUCCAAAGCCCAACUCGCCGCAUGCGUCUCCACCUCCUGAAGUCAACAUGCCCAUUUGGUAGGGUAAGAGAGCGAGCUGUGACAAAGGAAGGGAUUAUUUGACGAUAUGAGAUUGUCUCGUCUGCUGUUCACCAGGUAUGCAUGUUGCACCCGACAGGGAGGAGAAGUACACGCUCAUUACAACUCUGCAGAGGGACGGGACGGGGUCUCCCAACACGACACGAGCGUUUAUUAAACCCGACAGGUCAGAGAACACGGCCCCGUCAGACGGAUAGAGCAGGUGAUGCAACUGGAACCACACAGUCAGAGAGAAGAUGUUUAUUACAUCACACACACGUCACGCAAAAAGCAGAUUAAACAGGAAAAGACUCAAAAAUCUGAAUUACAGCCGAUUCCAUAAAAUAAUUAACUCUUCGAGUUUGUUUUAAAAAGAAUGAAGGAAACCUCCUUGGUUUUAUUUUCUACCCUUCAAUAAAUAAUCCUCGUCAUUUCUGAGCGAUUAUUCAGGAUGAGUUUGAUAUAAAAUCACUCAUCCAGUCACAUAAAAGCUGCUUGAGACCAAAAGAGAAGAAACUACUGGUCCAGUUUAACUCCAGACACCAUCACCCCGAGCUGGAGCGGAAACAAACAAAAAGAUGCAAAAGCCAGCUGGACCUUCAUCAUCAUCACUUUAAUCCAAUAUUU